GCCCUUCCCGCCAAUAUGGCGCCCGGUGCGGCCAUGUGUGAGGGACAGGAGGACCUGCAGGUGACCGGCCAUCCCCUGCCCUGUGCAGGCAGGAAAGGAUCUGCUCUGAAGACAGAAUUGUUUUGAGGAAACAGAGCACCAUACUGAAACUCUUAAGAAAAUGGAUAGCCUGGCACAUUGUUGGACCAAUCCUGCUCCGUGUUCCUGUCUGCACGCAGAUAUCUGCACCACAUGGUAAAGCAGAGGAAGAAAAAAUCAAUUACAGGCCAGCAGCACUGUCUAAUGAUUGAAACAGAAGACUGAAAAUGAGUUGUAGUGUUGGCCCUCUGUGAGAGCAGACAAGCUGAGUGGAGGCAUCGUUUGCCAUCUUGGCAUCCAACCUGAAAUCAGACCAGCCCUGCCACAUCUCUACUACCUUUGUGAGGAUGAAGUUAUACCCACAUGGAUCUGGUAUCAGGAUCAUAAAGUGAAGCUGUCGCUCUACUCAGAACAGGUGGACAUAAGUUCUUGAAGAAAACAAACCACAUAUUUUCAAUUGGACGUUAUUCCUAUAAAGUCAUGCUCGGUUCAUGCUGUGAUGAGAAAGUUCUCAAAAGUAAUUAACUACGGAGAUGCAACAGGAGAAACUGUGGUGUGAUGAAGCAUGAAUCAAGGUCUGGGUUCAAAGAAAGCUGCGUGUUAUUCAUGGCCCGCAAAGCUCAGUUUGAAGAAGGGACCAAUGGAAGCAGUUUUACGAAGGCUGUGGACUUUUUAAGCAAUUACUCAGACUAAUUUUCAGGAAGAAAUGUCUGUAAAUAGUCAGAGACUGUAGUCAGUCAUUAACCGCUUUUCAUUUGACUUCAUACAUUUGAUGUCAGAAGGAACAGAACAGAAGACACCAAGUUUAGUAGAUAUACGGAGCAUCACAGUUAUUGUAUGAAGUAACACACAGUUCCAUCACAGGAUUUCCUCACUGUUCAUCACUAUAGCUCUGGUGUUCACCUAAUGCAGCUGAAGACUGGUGAGAAAAAGUACUCUCCUCAUUUUCUAUGGAAUAAGGAAUUCAGAAAGAAUAGCUUCCUAAGAUCACUGUAUCACGUUCAGGUUUUACCUGUAAAACUAAUGUUCAUUAGAUGCUCUUGGCUGUAUUGCUACCCUUGCCAACCCAAGCAUCUUCUGUGACUGAACAAAGAUGUUCCUGUGCCCUUCAGAACCAGACUCUUAAGAAACAUAAAUGCAAACCAGAAUACUUUAAAUUCUUAUAAAUCCUCAGAAUCUGAUUAGGCAGGGGGUAUUUAUUUGGGCAGAUAUUUGAUUUAUAGGUUAAAAUCUCCUGACUUACCAUGUAUUUAAGUAACUUCUACGAAUAUGCUUCAUGCAUAGCUUCCAUAAUAUGACUGCCAAAUAGACAAAAAAGGACUAACACAAUGAAAACCAACCUGCAGCUUUUCUGAAUAAUUACAAUAUUUCUCACUCAUUUAAUCAGUCUGGCCAAAAAACAAAACAGGAAAUAGUUCUUGCAAUUUCAUAUUUAGGGACUAUUUCUUAGUUUGUAUUGAAAAAAAUACAGUGUCAAGUUUAAGGCCUCCAAAUUACAUUUGAAUUAGUUUUGGAUGAAAUAUUAAACCUUGCAGGGCAGGAUGUAAGUGAAAUCUCUGAUUACUAAGAUUUAAGAGGUUUUUUGCACCUUGCUUUGAAACAUCUGGUACUGGAUGUAAUAACAGGCAUCAAAAUAAACGAAACAGCCCCAUGACCUCUUUAUUUCCUGCAUAGGUUGUUCCAGCUACAUGUGAAAAUGAUCUUUCUGUGUUGUUUUUUUUUUCUGCUGACUAGAAGAGUCUGCUGUUUUAUUCUGUGAUCUUGUUUGUCCAACAGAUCUUGGAUGAAGUUGUGUAUGCUCAGAGAUUAUGCACAAUUUGGAACAAGAACCUCCAAAUUUGUUCUAUCUGCUAUAUAUCUGUGUACAUAUCUGCCCUGUGGUCCUUAUAUUUCUGUGGCUUUCAAGCCUCUUCAAAGUUGUGUUUAAUAACCCUAAGAUCUCUUCAUGAUAUAAAACUGAUGCUUCACAGUAUUUGCAGGAAGAGAUUCUUCUUCUUUAAGGUUUAUAUUUCUUUUCUUAACAAGUAAAAGAUGUCUGGUUGUUUUUUUUUCUUCUUUUUUUAAACUAAGACCUGGGUAAUUCUAAAUCUACUCUGCUUUGUUUUCAGAAAAUAAGUUGUUUCCAUUCAGCCAAAUCUGUCUUAUCUCUUCUCUGAACUACUCACAUUUUUACUGGAGGAAGAGUCAGGAAGUCAAUGAAAAGCAUGGUAGCAGUUUGUCCAGAAGCUGGAUAUGAAAACUAUUAAAAAUGUAUUUACUUGCAGCAUUUUAGUGGGGUUGAUAUUUAACGCUUAAUUAUUUCUCUAAGACUUCAAUUAUUUAAUUGUUUACUGUUAAAAAAGUUUAAGCAAACAACAAAGCAUACAUUAUUUUAUCUGGAAUGGCUUGAUUAAAUCUUGUUUAUUUGUUGGGAUAGUCUCCAUAUGAUUUAUGAAAUGUUACAAUAAAUUAUGUCUUUAUUGGGUCUUUGUUGAGGGAGGACAGUGAGGAGGAUUGUUGGAAGAUGAACUUAGAUGAAACUCUUAAGGGGAAACUGGAAGGGAAGAGGAAGAUGUCCACAUCUCCAGGAAUUAUUUUUAUAUGUGACUUAAUAAAAAUACAAGGUCAGUUACUAUAUUGUUUUAAACGUUGGUAACAGUGUAAACAAAUGGAACUAUUAAAUACUAUGUUUCAUGUCUGCUUGGACAGAAAUCUGUGUAAAAUACAAAAAAUUAUUCUAGCAGGUUUUAAUUAAUGAGAAAGGGAAUUCUUUCAAUAUCUUGGAACUCUAAUUAGUCCCCUGCAAAAAAUUAGCUGAACUCUUGUGAGCACCUCUAGGCUUCUUCUGGUUGUCACUGAUAAGCAUUCAGAAGUAUUCACGAAGUAUUUUAUUUACACACAACAACAGAACUUUCUAUCUUCCCUGCCUUUUUCUACUUUUUUUAUCUGUUGCCUUCUGAUAAAAAGCAAUUUUUUUACUUCCUUCAAGAUCAAAACCUAUGUCCUCAGAAAUGGAAAGUACAAGGAGCUGCUGUAAAGACUCCAUUCUGCUUGUUUAUUUUGUCUUCCUCGCCACCAGAAGCCAUCUGGAUGUUGCUUUGAAAUAGAUGGAUUAUGGAUGAAGUUAUCAGAAAGGAUUAGUGUGAUUAGAAAGACAUUAAUCCUGUCAAGAAGUAAUGGUCAAGUAUUAACCACAAGCAGUUGGUCCUAGAGUCAUGUUUGUUUUCAUUCAUCCCAUUCCCACUCUCUCAUUCUCAUUUUGUAAUUGCAUGCCAUAGAAAAGACCUGGCUAAGCAAGUUCUCCUGGUGAGGCUGGGAAGCUCCUCUAACAGUUACAUUGAGAUGAUUAUAUUACAGUCAAGCAUCAUGAAAGUGAAGUGCAGGCUCCACUAAUGCUGCUUGAUCGGGCAGGCAGGCUGUCUCAUAGCUUUUUGUCAAGGUCAGUGCCUUCAAGUUUCAAUAUGGUAAUAAUCUCCAUUUCCACAGCUCAAGUCAUUUAAUCAUCUUAAAAUGCUUCACUAAUAUAAAAAUCUAUUAUACAGGAAGGCACUAUUUCUCUUCUACAAACAAGGAAACAGCAAAAUUAAGGCACUUAUUUGAAGACAAAUAAUUUGUAGUGAAAAUUGGAAGCCUGAAGCUAUCUCUGUUCUGUCAUGGACCAUCAGGACUUCCCUCAUCAGUGCCCAGGCUGCUUCAUUUCCAUGGACGUACCAUUUAUAGAGAAAUAUCUUGCAACAAUGAAAAUAAGACACUUCACAGUAAUAAAAGAAAGAAAUAAGGAGCCUUCUCUGAUUCUUUCUACAGCUUGAUGCUUGAUUGUGCUCUUAGUCUCCAGUAGAGUUAAAACAAUUUUAGCAGCAGGGAUCAGAAUGACCUUUUCUUUCCAGGAUAUUCUUUCCUUUCUUCUAACACAACAGAAUACCAACAGAGCUAGGCACUGCUAUGACUGUGACAGAGAAGUCUGCUGCUGACAUCAUACCUUACAGUGACAGUGGUACUGCUGGGAAUACUGUAGCCCAUCCCUGCUUCACCUGCAUGGUCUUGUUUUACUUAAAGUGAUACAAUUUUUUAAUCUCCAGAUGUCAUAUCACACUGCACAGGAAAAAAAUGCCUCCUGCUCACACAUGCACAAACACACUAGCUGGCACAUCUGUCGGUCUCUAUCUGUAUACAUGUCACACAAGAAUCACAGAAUCACACAGUCACAGAAUCAUAGGAGUUGGAAGGGACCUUUGGGACCCGAAGCAUGUUCCCUAGAGGAGGUUACACAGGAAAGCGUCCAGGCAGGUUUUGCUAAAGACAGUGGCAUCUUAAAGGUGUUAAUCGUGAUGGAAAAUCUUGCCCUCUGUCUUCAAAUAACAGCAAAUAAGAAUGUCAGAAAAUCUAGCUGUCUGCAAUAUGCUAUUUGCAGUAAUUAUGUUUAGUUUUACAGGUAGGCUUCAGGAAAAGAAACUGAAAUGAAUAAAUCUACAUUUCUAGCCCAUCGUGACAUGCAGUUUUUUUGAGCAGGAACUCAAAUAAUGCAUUGUACUUUAUUAGUGUGCUAUAGGGAAUGUGUUCUUACAAACUAAUGCAAAACAGGCAGGACUUUGCUCAGCAAACAGUGAACAUCAAUGUCCAAUGGCUGUUCUGUCACUACUUCCUCUCCAGUAAUCCAACACGUGAAGCCAAAGUGACAAUCUGUGAAUGCUGGAAGGAACAAAGAGUAACCUUUGAUCACUGACUAACGAAGGGGACCUGAGACAUUAUACUGUAGCACACACAGAAUUCAGGCUGGCAGAUUGACUUUAGCUGUUUUGGUAAAAUAUUUCCUAAAUUCAGCUGUUGGAAUGCAAAUAAAAAUAAACUAUCUGUUAAGUAUGGAUGUGAAGCUUCCAUCUAUGGGAAGCAUGGAAAGAGCCAAGAAUCUCAAUGAUACUUGAUUUUCUGUUCAGACAGUUCUUUCAAGUAUUUUUAGAUUAAGAAAAGACCAGAAGGAUUUGGUAUAUAAAUUCAGAUUAUAAAAAAGUCAGAUUUAUUCAACUGUUCAUUGUUCACACAUGGCUCUAUCCUAAGGAAACAGAAGGGUUUCAGCCAGCUCCUCAAACUUCACAUGCCAUUGCCAUUUAUUUGCAAGAGAUAAACUAUUUCAUACUUAGAAGACUGCAGAGGAAUUCUGCCAGGUCACAAACUAUUUUGACCCCAUUUGUAAUUAUAUCAGUGCUCUCCACACUGCCUUCACUUUGUGAUUCCAGAUGUCUGUCACACAUCAGUAUAUCCCUACUGAUACCGACAAAAUAAUUUGUAUGGAGUUGGUCCAACUUUGUCAUUAUGACAUGAAAAACUCUGCAGCACAUCAUUUUCACUGGAAACAGUUCGUACCAGUAAGAAAAAACACCAGAAGACCACCAUUCCUGAAUGUGUUUAAAAACCAUUUGUAUGUGGUACUCAGGGACAUCAUUUAGUGGAGGCUUGUUAGUCAGGGCAGCAUGGGUAGGUUGUGGUUGGACUUGAUGAUCUUUAAGAUCUUUUCCAACCUGAGCAAUUCUAUCAUUCUAUGAUUCUAUUAGAUCUGACUACUAGAUAUGAUAUCUCUAAAUACAUGUGGCUACAAGAAAAUGUUAGUUUAUAAUGUACUGAAACCUCUGAAAAUAUGGAGAGGGGAUUCACAAGGUCUCCUAAGGAGGUAGAAUGAAAUUUUCCUCUACAAGCUCACACAAUCUUAAAGCACCAUUUGGAGAACUUUUGGGGUAGUUCUGCAAUACAAUAGAGAUAUGGAUAAUUUAAGGUAGUUCCUGGUGUUGGGUGAGCUUGCUCUCUGACCACUUCUUACCUAUGAGUAGAACUUCCCAUUCACUUUCAUUCAAGUACAGUUCUGCUUUUCAUCUGAAAACUUUAUACAUUUAUUUCCUUAAGUUAUCUCCGUAAAACUCUCAUCUCUAGAUGAACUUUCUCCUCAUGUAACUGUAGAUAACAUAUCCUAGGAAAGGGCUAACACCUUGUUCUCACCAGGGUGAAAUUUAUUACUGUUGUUUUUCUAUUAUAGUGAUACACACAACAGGUGAUUCAGACAUGGGAUGAUAUACAUGUUUUAUGUUACCAUUCGAGUAUCUCAGAUUUUCUCACACUAACCCAACAGAAUGUUCACUCUCUUCUGCUGGGUAGUCCUGUUCCUGAGUGCCAGUAGUUUUCUAUUGCACUUUAUUAAGCCCCAAAGCCCAGCUUGGCAACUGCAUAAACAUAGGAACAGUGACUGAUAUUUAGAGAAGAAUGACUAGAGGGAAUAGUUUAACUCAUACAUAGCAGAGAAGACCCAAAACAAAACUGACCAGAAGUUCAUAUUGUCUAUCCUUUCCCAUUCAAUCUUCAGUUCCAGGAAAGGAUUAGAAGAAAUAGCACUGAACAUACUGUCAUUCAUACCAGCCCAGUACUAUUGUGUGAAUGAAUUUUAGCUAGCUUCUUGGUUUACAUUUCAUAACCUUGUAUCUCCCUUAUGAAUGGACAUUAUGUUGACUAUAACAGUCACAGAUUUAUAUCCAUGGUAGAAAUUUCAGAUCGCAAAAUUCAGUUCCAGCCUCUGAGUGUUCGGGUCAAAUUUUUUCAUCCCUAGCAAACUGUAAACCUAAGUAGUAAAAUAGACAAAUAAAUUCCAGUCUGUGGUGUAUUAUCAGUUUCGUCUUCAGCUAACAGCAAGCAAAACAGUGCACAGCACAAUUUUCCCAAGCCCCUGGCCCAUCUCACAGCAUAACUAAACCCUAAACUCUCAAAGAAUAUUCUGUUGCACAGAAGUUAUUUAGGGUAUGUCUACCCAGGCAACUGCAGACAGACAGGGACAUGCUCCGUCUUCAGCCUGAGCUGCCAAGACUGGUCCGGAAGCUGUGGAGCCACAUCAGCUCUUCACAUACGGACUUGGGAGCAAAGCCACACUAAUGCGGCUCUGUGGCUUCCGGCACAGAGCUGGUGCAGGUCUGCAUGGCUUGGCUCAUGGGCUGAGUGAGCUCACAUCUGCCUGCACCCAGCGUGUCUCCACGUCUUACAAAGUUCAUGCAGUUGUCAGCUCUUCAAAUAUAGCUGACAGGUUCUGGUAUGUAGCAGUAGAGCUGAACAAGAACAGAAUUCCAUAAAUCAGAAAGAGGAGUAUUUUUCAUGAGUGGGAUGUUAAAAUGCCAAUGCCUUCCCCUAAUCAAAGAACUGAAAAAAAAUUUUAUAUAUAUAUAUAUCUACACAUAUAUAUAUGGGUAAAAGGGUACGAUGAUGGAGUAGUUUCCUAACUAAAUACUAGUCUUUAACAACAUGAAUAAGAAUGACCCACUCAGGAAUCUGAGCAGAAGGAUAAGGGAUUACCAGAACUGAUGGCAUUAUGGACAGGAAUCCCCUUAAAGACAGACAGUUCUAUAUUUAGCAUAUCGUAUUUAAUUCAGCCAACAAAACCCCAAAAGUAUUAAACAUUUAUUACUAUCCCCAAAUGAACCUUCAAAUACAUGUCAUUUUUAUUAGCAUACAUCUGCUUGUAUUAGGAACAAUACACUUAAAGGAAAGAGCUUUACAUUUUUCUAAAAUCCAGCUCAAAUUGGUUAUUUAGGUGUGACUAUAAAGGGAACAAUCUUUCCUUAAUAGAUUCUGCACAAGGAAAAGGAUCAAAUCUCUGCUACACGUUAUUUUUCUUAAUUAUCCAAAAAAUGGUUAUUGUUAAAUAAAUUUAAAAUCUAAUAAUUAUUCUGAGAUCAGAACGAGAUAAUUAAAUUCCUGUAAGGCCUGUGAAACUAUACAUCUGGAUACAGGGAAAAAAAUAAUCUGUUCACUUCUAGUAUCAUCUGGACGUAAUACCCACAGGCUGCAAGCCUUGGUCUUCUCAAACCUGCCUUUCCCAGACUCCUGGGCACAAGGGCAGAGAUGCUCAGCAGGGGGUGGGCACCAUGUGAGUUACUGCACUGUGAUGGUCGGAGUGCCAGACCUGCACACAGCCAGCCCUUGUGCCGGCCAUUGCUGGCACUGGGAGUGUUCACUUUAAGCAAAUUUGAGAUGCUAUUGAUGGGAAAACUGGGUGUUUGUUUCUUUCUCAGUCUUUGUUUAGUGUAGAGUACAAAGAUAUUGGCAUUCGAUUUAAAUUUCAAGCACUCGGAACUUCAGAGAAACUGAAGUGAUGAACAGAUAUCUCUGAUAUUCAGUUUGUCCUGAAAGCAAUACUGCAGGUGAAGGAUAGAUGUGGGCGGAGGGGGAGGGGAUGGGAAGAGCUUUUCGUUAACUAUACUGAGUGAGAGUUAGAGAUCUUGUGAUUUUCUGGUAGGUAACACUACUAGGAAAAGCCUCAAAGGCCUCCAGAUGUGCUACUACUGCACUGGAGCGGCUGCUAACACUCCGCUAACAACUCUGGCUCUUCCAGACAGAGCCAUCUCCUGGCUGAAGCCAGGAAAUUCAUUAUCUGGAGAGAAGGCUGGUUAACAAAUCUGAGCACCUCAAACAAGCUGAUCAGCAGAUCGUAGCUAAAGACCCAUGCUUUUUAAAACGUAUCAGGGCAGGAUGCACUGAGAUCCACCUCUGUCACUGCUGUGAAUGUGUGUGCUUGCUUGAAAACCUGAGAUAUUUGCUGAAACCUUUUGGAUAUACAAGAGAAAAUGAAUGGUUUGCAUUGCAGUAAUCAGCAGAAGAGAAUCAAGGCCUGUUGCAAAGAGAAUCAGAGACUUCAGGUCUGCAGAUGAUCUUUCAGCUUUGUUCAGUCUAAGACAGCGUAUGUGUUCAACCAUGAAUUCAUGUUUGGCCUCUACUCUCUCUCAGCUCUCUUAUUAUUCCCAUUUCCAGUAUUAAAAGUAGUAUCCCGUGUUUGUUUAUACAUGUAAGAAACACUGUGCAUCUGGUAACUGCAGGGUCUAAAAUCUGAUCUUGUAGCAAACACCUACCAAAUAUUCCUAGGGCAGACACAAACUCUGUCAAACCAUUUAUCUUUCUUUAUGUUGCUUGUGUAGCUAUUGCCAUGCAGCUACCUGUUCUCACCACAGCAAACUCUGUAUAUCACGCACUUAGUGGCUAGUAACAGGGAUGAGCAGGGCUAAAACUCUGAGCAAGGAUGGGGGCAAGCAAAAUAUACUUCUUUUAGAGCAUUGUAUGAUGCUAUGAAGCUUGCUUAUGUAACCAGAUAACUGAAAUAGUAUCAACUUCCAUCCUUAAUGAAGGCCCACAUCAUGCCAACCCCAAAAGCUCAUGUGGGACUCAAACUGGCUCGCUAGUUUUACUGGCAGUUGCUUUUCAAGACUUAUGUGUAUCCAGAAAAACAAAAAGUAAAACCACAGGUGACGGGAGACGUCAGAAAUAGGUAGAGCACUUCCAGGUGCUGUGACGUAAGUGCAUAAGCUGAGGAACAAUGCAGCGAAGAAACAAUCUCCUGAUGUCUGACUGAUUUCUCUGGUGUAUUUUUUGUUUGCAGAACCCCCUGAAAUUUCAGAAAGGGUUAGUUUGUUAUGCAGGGAGUUACACUCAUGCUGUCCUACAAGGAAAGCUAAUCCCUUAUAAGUUCUCUUCUUUAAGUUACUUCUCUUCCUUCCUUAGGAAACUGAAUUCAUCAAUUCUGUGUACAGCUCAGAGAUUCCCUGCUGACAGAUCCGUAGGUAACGUACAGCAACAACAGGCUGUGUCAGAGCAGCUCUUUUACACUGAACUGCUCCCUCCCCCUGCAUAUCAAAACCCACAAGGGAAUCUCAAGAACGAAAUGUUUUAGGGAAGGCAUGCAACUCUACUCUCUUCUGUCCUUAGCACAUCACUACCUCAUGUUACAUUUAUGUUUUCCUAGGAAAACUCUCCUUCUAUCCAAAAGAUCUUUUAUCUUGCAUUGAUGUUUUCUAACAGUGUGGGACAGAACCAGGCAUGAGUUGAUGGUCACAUUGGCAGUGUUAGAUAUGCAAGCACACGAAUCGGCUUCAUUCUGUGGAAAACCUUGGGAAGUUGGAUGCAAAGGUGGCAUUUAAAAAUAAAAUUAGCACUGGAUUUGUGUUUUAACUCUCAGUGAUCUGAAGUCUAGAAACACAUCUUUUUGAAAGAUGAGUUUUUGACAUAUCUAUUAGGUUCCAGAAGCUGAGGCUUCAAGGAAAGGCACCAAAUAUUACAAGAUCUGUUAAGGUAAAGAUAGCUUUGCUACUCUUCAUCACUUCUUAUCUCUUCUCUCAGCACUGUGUACAUGAAAGGGCUUUUGUCCAUCUUACCGGUAUUCGGUUGUUAUUGUAAUCAGCUGGAAGACAUACAUUUAAAGGGGAGAGAAGCUUUCCAAAGGCAGCUGGUUGAGCAUCCUGAGCCCUGGGAUCUAGAUCAUUAACUCUGGCACCAGCGAGGUGGCACCAUUCAAGCUUCCACCUUUAAUGUAUUAAGAAACCACUUUCACUUCCACCUGAAGCCGGGCAUACAUCAGUAACUCACUGGACAUACACUUUUUUCCCCAGUAUUUCUCACUCUGCAGCAGAUUUCUCAAAGCACUGCAAAAGAUUAUAAACUAACUGUGCUUUUUCACCUUCUUUGUGUGGUGCAUUAUUUCAAUUGCUUAAAUUUAAGGCAGUCUUUUUGGUACGGUGGGGUAAAUGUUUUCCAAACACUUAACUUCUAUUUCUGUAGUACCUGUAUGAACUAUUAGGGAAAUGUUCCUAUUGAUUAAAAAAGACGGUCAUAGCUCUACUUUAAAUAUAAAUGUACAGCAGUUCCUGGCUCUCCAACAUUGAUUCAGUUAAAAAACAGUGGUGACUGCAUGUAUUAUUUAAGAAACUUCAACGGUUAUUGGAACAAGCAUUGUCUUCGCUUACCUUGAGACAACCAGGGGGAGAAUCAACAUUUUCAGCAUCCUCAUCAGUAACUCACCGGGAAACUGGAAAUAACUAAUUUCCUGGAAAUACACAGAGAGAUGCUUAGUGUUUUGAGGCAGCCUGCCCGUGUGAGUCCUGCUACAGCUGUGGGUCAAGUGGUAUGAGCAGGUAAAAUCUGCAGCUCUAGUAGGUAAGGUGGCCAAGACUGUACACUUUAAAAGACUGUUUUUAAAUUAAUUAAAUUACAUACUGUGUUGUAAUUCAACAAAAACACACACACAGUAUUUUUCAUUCCUUUGCAAAGGAAGACAAAAAUGAAAUAUGCUGCCUCCCAGGGACUACUGUGAAUAGGUUGCCCUGAUUAAUCCCUUUAUUCUGCAUUUUAUGUGUUUUGCUAGAUGUGUAUGAAGCUACUGACCGGACACAAAAAGUGUUCAGACUGCAGUUAGGGCAGCAGAACAGAUAACUGUUUUAAGCUAUUUUGUUUACUAAAUGCCAUCAUUUUUAAUUGAGAUUUACAUUGUGUGCUCAAAGCAUUCAGCAGUGCCUGUUGUCCUGUUUACUGACAGAUUGGUACAGCAGUAAGAAACAAGUACCUGCAAAGAGCUUAGCUGAAGUACACUGGAGGAGAAAUCCCCGAGUGACUUUAAUAGCAUGGUCUGUUAACGAUGGGAGAUCUCGUAUUUAUUAACAUCAAAUACCAUCAGUGUAGCACAAACAUCUGUACCGCCAUACACCUGAUGGUGAAAAUCAUUGCCAGCAUUUUCUUUAGAUGUACACAUUCCAAACUAAUAUAAAAUCCAACAGCAUACUGUUUUUAACAUUCAUGUAGCUUAUUAUUCAUACUCAUGUUGUUACAGUGGGGCUGUGCUGGAUUUAUUAGUGUCCUAAAGACCAGAACCUUUGCCAUACACACUGCCUGAGAACUGUGAAAAGCCCCAAAGAGCAGUGUGUAGAUUAACAAACAAAUCGAAUCACACAAAUUGAACAAGUACACGGAUGUGGUUUUUAUCCUGAAAAAUCCAUCCUGAAGUUCCACAAGUUGCUGUGCCUUUUGUUAUGUAAGUAUUUUCCCCGCAGUGAUGCACUCUGCGGUGCCACACGUACCUGCUGGGAGAGCCGCCUUGUCCUGAGGAAGAACCCGAGGAGACAGCCAAUGGUGACCGACAACACCGAGAGGAUGAGCAAACCAUUCCUUUUACAAACAUCCUUGAUCCGAGCGAGGAUCGCAUCCAGAGCCACCGCCAUGGUGUCCUCCGUGCUCCUUGGAGAGGAAUCAGCAUCCCAUGGAGAGAGAAUCCACUCACUCCUCUUGUUGGAGAGGAACAGACCUCGCUCUGUAUAGAUCAGAUCAAAGCACUUCAGUUCUGCUUAGCUGACCUGCAAGGUCACUCCUCUGCCAAUCGCCACCAAGCAAGCAGCUGGCAUUAUUGUUCCAAAUUAAUACCGACAAUCCUAUUAUCGACUACAUCAUUAAGAGCCUGCAAGAAGAUUAGGGGGCUCUGGAAAAUUAGAACGGAAUGCAGUAGUAUUUCUAAAACAAGACUGCUUCAAAACAAAGUGACAUGCUCAGAGUGCAUUCCCUGCUCUUCCCAGUUUGGGGUCUGACCAUCCACCCCUAUAAGGAGCAGCGUAAGUCAUGCACACCAACACAGAGAAGGAACGUUACCGCAUUGUUUUUCUGUGCAGGGCAGAGGGGGUGACAUCUUGAACUGGACUAUCACAACAGGGCAAGCCAGGUAAAACUAGACUUCAUUAAUUAAAGCAGGCUUGGAUUUUUUUGUUUUGCUGACCAAAACAAGACUGAAGGUGCAGCGUAAGAACCACGCAUCGAUCAGAAACCAGCGGUACGCUGAAACACGGGAGGAAAGCUGCUGGCAUUUGGCAUCUAUUAUCCUGGAAGCAAAAUGAUUUCACUUUUUCUUCCACCACUCUGUUGAUUAGAGUAGGGCCAAUUUACUUUCAGAGGAUUAUCAGAGUAAGCCACGGGGACUGCUUUCCUUUCCUUCACCGUGUGCACUCAGUACCAAUGCUGUUAUGAGCAGAAAUACAGAGCCACGACUGCUCACCGUGCUGCGCUCACUGAAAUGCUGCUGCACAGCCCGAGCUACUCAGAGAUCGUUCAGUAUUUUUAUGGAAAAUACUCCACAGAACAAAUUUGGGUAUUUGCAGUGGUUUGUUUUAUAUUGCAAGGCAGGGUGUGUAGGUAUGUGCUCAUGUGUGAGCAAAGGGGUGAGUGAACAGUGAGUUCAAGGGUCAGCAGAUAGUCCUGGAAGCUCAAAUAGAACACUGUAUGGUCUGUAAGACAUAUGGGCACACAUGCGCACAUCCACAAAACAGAAGAGAAAUAUAUGGAUUCUAUGUGGUGAAUGGGAGUGCUGACAAAACAACACAAUCAUGUAAAAUUUUAUUAAUGCUUAUGCAAGAAAGUACUGAACCCAUACUGCCAUCUCAGUGCAGACACAAUGCUGCCGCUACGGUAUGCACACAGGCACCUUCCAGAUGAAGCAGUGCACCAGGAGCGCUUCCCGAGCUGAGCGCUGCCGGCACUGCUGGCCCUUCAGACGACCUUCUGAGCCCCUCACGGCCCGCGAGGCCCGGCCGAGGACUGCCUGUUCCCAAACUAGAAGAUACAAUUAGGAGAUACCUGAACGCCCAGAAACCUCUUUUAAAUGAUGACCAGUUCAGGAAAACUGAAGAACUUGCUCAUCAGUUUGAAAAGGGAAUUGGAAGAGAGCUGCAUGAGCAACUGGUUGCUCAAGACAACCAGAACAAGCAUACUAGUUACAUCACAGGUCCCUGGUUUGAUAUGUACUUAAAAGCACGUGAACCUGUUGUUCUGAAUUUUAAUGCAUUUAUGUCUUUUAAUCCUGACCCAAAAUCUGAAUAUAAUGAUCAGCUCAUACGAGCUACAAACAUGACUGUUUCUGCUAUACGUUUUAUGAAGACCUUCAGGGCUGGUUAUCUUGAACCAGAAGUUUUUCACCUCAAUCCUGAAAAAAGUGACACUCAGCUCUUCAAGAAAAUUAUCCGGUUUGUGCCUUCGUCACUCUCUUGGUUUGGUGCUUACAUGGUCAAUGCAUAUCCUCUAGAUAUGUCUCAGUAUUUCAGGCUUUUCAAUUCAACACGGCUGCCUAAACUCAACAGAGAUGAGCUUUAUACAGAUGAAAAGGCAAAACAUUUACUGGUACUGAGAAAGGGGAAUUUUUAUAUAUUUGAUGUCCUUGAUAAAGAUGGAAAUAUGCUGAAACCUUCAGAAAUACAAGCACACUUGAAAUACAUCCUUAGUGAUAACAGUCCAGCCUCGGCCUUACCUCUUGGCUACCUCUCCAGUGAAAACCGAGAUACGUGGGCAUUGCUGAGAAAGGAUCUGCUGGAUAAUGGCAAUGAGGAAGCUCUUCGAAAAAUAGACUCUGCUGUGUUUUGUCUCAGUUUAGAUGAUUUUCCCAUUAAAGACUUUGUGCACUUGUCUCAUACUAUGUUGCACGGAGAUGCUGCCAACCGCUGGUAUGACAAAUCCUUCAAUCUUAUCAUAGCUAAAGAUGGCACUGCAGGAAUUAAUUUUGAACAUUCCUGGGGCGAUGGUGUGGCUGUGCUCAGAUUCCAGAAUGAAGUCUUUAAAGAUAGUACCGAAAUACCAGCUGUGAGCCCUCAGUCCCAGCCUGCUUCAGUAGACUCUUCCACAGCAGUACAGAAACUUGAGUUUAAGCUGAACGAUGCCUUAAAAGCAGGAAUUACCAAAGCAAAACAGAAUUUUGAUGCCAGUGUAGAAGGACUGUCUCUUAAUAUGAUUCAGUUCCAUGAAGGGGGCAAGGAACUGCUAAAGCAGAAGAAGGUAAGCCCAGAUGCUGUGGCUCAGCUUGCCUUCCAGAUGGCUUUCCUUCGGCAAUACAAUCAGACUGUUGCUACUUAUGAAUCUUGUAGUACCGCAGCUUUCAAACAUGGACGCACAGAAACUAUACGUCCUGCCUCUAUCCAUACAAAGAAAUGUUCGGAGGCUUUUGUCAGGGAACCGUCCAAGCAUAGCACAGAAGAGCUUCAGGAGUUGAUUGUGGAGUGCUCAAAGUACCAUGGCCGUUUGACAAAAGAAGCUGCUAUGGGUCAGGGAUUUGACCGACAUCUGUUUGGGUUGCGCUAUUUGGCCUUAUCCAAAGGUAUUGCACUGCCUGAUUUCUAUCAAGACCAAGCCUAUGCUCGGCUUAAUUACAACAUCAUUUCUACAAGCACGUUGGUUAGUCCAGCUGUGCAAUUAGGAGGAUUUGGCCCAGUGGUGCCUGACGGCUUUGGACUAGGAUAUCAAGUACAUGAUGAUUGGAUAGGCUGCAAUGUUUCCUCUUACCCAACUAGGAAUGGUAAAGAAUUCCUUCAGUGUGUAUACAAGUCACUAGAAGAUAUUUUUAAUGUUUUAAAAGGCAAGAAGGUUGGUAGUUAGUUAAUAAAAGAGCUGGAACACUUUAUGGUUGUGGUAGAAAAUGCAGACUUUUUCUAAUUGGCAGUACAUACCAACCAGUGUUCAAUGUGACAAACUACUAAGCUCAGUUGGCUUCAUUUAUCUUCAUUGAACUUGAAUAUUAUGUAGCUUCAGUUUGAUUUUUUAAUGUAAAAAAGUCAAGCACAGACCUUGAGUAUGCAUUUCAGGAAAUAAAAACAUUCACAAUGUUGAAAUGAAGUAGUGGAGCCAUCUAUUGAAACAGACAGACACAUUCUUAAAAUGCACUUAGAAUAAAAAGCACUGUUAACAAAUUUAUGAACUCAAACAUCUUUGCUGUGAGUUCCAGACAGACAGCAGCACCUUUAAACUGUUCGACUUUAAAAUAAUACAAGCAAUAGAGUUAAAUCUGAAAGAGUGAUUCUGAGCACUUUCAGUAAGCUUACUUACAAAGUGGUCACACUUACUUUUCUCUUUAAACUUGAAUGAAUAUCGGAACUGGUUGUACCUCAAUAGCUUGAAGCCUUUGCAAUGUAGCAACUUUUUGAGAAAUGAAAAAUGAAGUGAGAGGCUUUAACUAACCUGCCAUCACCCACUGCAUUGUUAAAUUGACUGGAAAAAACUGUGAUGUAAUAAAGCUAUCUACUAGUAA